AUGUCCGUACCCAUAUCAUUAGCGGAUACGAAUGGUAAACUUAGAACUGGCCAGAAAGCAGUGCUGGUUGAUGUUUUCACCAGGGGAAUUGAAUGUCCGAGUGCUACUGAUUUGCAAGGAAGUGCAUGUUUAGUGAUUGACGGCAUGGCUUUAGUAGCAGCAGUAGGGAAACCUGCCGACGCUCAAACCUUCGGAGCCUACGCAGAUAGAUUCCAAGAUGCCGUAUUGGGAGCAGGUUCGCGGUAUCAGCAAAUUCACGUACUAUUCGACAGGUACGAGAAGAGUUCAAUCAAAGCAGGCACGAGAGAACGCCGUACCAGGACUAUUCGCCCUGUUCGUCGUGUAAUCGAGAACAAGAAUGUUCCACUUCCGAACAGCUGGUCAAAUUUCUUAGCUUUACCGGAAAACAAGGCAAACUUGGCCAAAUUUCUGUCCGAACCUUUAAUUGCAAAUGCACCUUUAGAGAAAGUCGUUGUUGUUGCAGGUGGAUUUUCCGACGGGAAAGAAGCGCAAUCGACAAACCAAUUGGUUGAUCCUUCUCUUUUGUGCGCAAAUCACGAAGAAGCUGAUACAAGACUGGUUCUACAUGCUAUCGUCAACAGUUGUGACACGGUUGUUGUGUCUGCCAGAGAUACUGACGUACUGUUACUUCUUGUCGCGCAUUUGCCAAGUAUGCCUUCUCCAAGUGUGGAUGAUGGCAGGAACAGCGGCCAGGCGCAACUUCUUUAA